CUUUCUCCCUCGGAAUUUUGUAUAUGUUCUUCAUCACUCCCAUUCUCUGAAUUUCAGAAGGUUGGUUCAGAGUUUUGAUUUCUUGAAGAUCAUAUAUAGUCCUUCUCUGUCACUAUUUCUGGCUUUUCAGUACUUUUCACAAACACCUGCUCGGCAAGGGAAAAAUGGCUGCUCGUCCGAAUGUCCCAAAAUUUGGAAACUGGGAGAACGAAGAGGAGCCAUACACGGUCUACUUCGAUCAGGCAAGGAAAUAUAAAGGUGGGAAGGCGAUAAAUCCAAACGAUCCGGAGAUGUAUCAGAGCGCGGCCCCGUCCAAACCUAGAACCCUACCGCCGGAGGAACCAGUCCGGCGCGGCGGCGUUAGGCAAACGAAUGAGCGUAGGGAAGAUGGCGAUUUCCAGCAAUUCUCUAAUCAUUCAUCCAGGAAUAAUAAUAACAACGGUAAUAUGAGCUCCAGAGGCCGCGGAUCAAAUUCCGGCGGACGCCGCCGCCAAAGUGGCGGCUCCGAUCACAGCUUCGAGAAAUCUCCCCUCCACCACCAGCAGCGGGCAAAGCUAGCUCCCGGGAGAGGUAGUCCGUCUCAUGACAAUAGCUUCGGUACUCCGGGAAGGUCUUAUGAUAGUAGCUAUGGCGGUAUUGGCAAAUCCCGGCUAAAGCCUGAAAGUCCCGAUAGAGCUGCAAUUCCAAAGUUUGGAGGGUGGGACGAUGUGAAUCCUCAAUCCGCAGAAAAUUACACUGAAAUUUUUAACAAAGUGCGAGAGGCAAAGCGCUUAGAUUCUACAGACAUACCUGGGACUGGGACGCCUAGCCGAUCAUCAUAUAAUACACAAAAGCAAGAAGAACGCCCUCGGAAAUGUUGCUUUCCAUGGUGGUAGAUAGAUAAGAUCAUAAGAAGAAAGUGUGGGCUUCCAUUUCUUCAUGAUGUCAAUUGCUGAUCAUUGAAUGUGUAGUUUGGUGGGUGAAGGUGUUAUGUUGCAGAGGAUUUCUGAUUCCUCUGUAAUAGUGUUUUUUUUUUCCUUUUAUUUUUGUAACAAUUCAUUUUGAGGUUGUAUUUUUUUUUUUUUUUUGUAACAAUUCAUUUUGAGGUUGUAUUUAAUUUGUAUGUAAUCUUUUCUUAAUUUUGACAUUAGAAUAAAUUUGGGAAUUUUUUACA